GCUGGGGGGACCUGAUCCUCUGGACUACGUUAGCAUGUACAGGAACCUGGGAAACCCCGCGUUGAAUGUUCCUGAGCACUGGCACUAUGUCAGCUUUGGGUUAAGUGACUUAUACGGAGACAACAGAGUACAUGAGUUUACAGGAACAGAGGGACCGAGUGGUUUCGGAUUUGAAUUGACCUUUCGACUAAAGAGAGAAACAGGGGAGUCGGCACCACCUACCUGGCCAGCAGAGUUAAUGCAAGGCUUAGCCAGAUACGUCUUCCAGUCAGAAAACACCUUCUGUAGUGGUGACCAUGUGUCGUGGCACAGCCCUUUGGACAACAGUGAAUCUAGGAUCCAGCAUAUGUUGUUGACAGAAGACCCUCAGAUGCAGCCAGUGCAAACUCCUUUUGGGGUUGUUACUUUCCUGCAGAUUGUUGGGGUUUGUACUGAGGAACUGCAUGCUGCGCAGCAGUGGAACGGACAAGGGAUCUUGGAACUGCUUCGGACUGUGCCUGUAGCUGGCGGCCCCUGGUUAAUAACAGAUAUGCGAAGAGGAGAGACAAUAUUUGAGAUUGACCCACAUCUGCAACAGGAGAGAGUCGACAAAGGGAUUGAAACAGAUGGCUCAAACCUGAGCGGCGUGAGUGCCAAGUGUGCCUGGGACGAUCUCAGCCGGCCCCCAGAGGAUGACGAAGACAGCAGGAGUAUUUGCAUUGGAACCCAGCCACGGCGGCUGUCCGGGAAAGAUACGGAGCAAAUCAGGGAGACUUUGCGAAGAGGGCUUGAGAUUAACAGCAAACCUGUUCUACCUCCAAUAAAUGCACAAAGACAGAAUGGGUUGAACCAUGACCGAGCACCAAGCCGUAAGGACAGUUUAGAAAGUGAGAGCUCAGCAGCUAUCAUUCCUCAUGAGCUAAUCCGCACGAGACAGCUGGAGAGCGUACACCUGAAAUUCAACCAGGAGUCCGGAGCACUGAUUCCCCUCUGUCUAAGGGGAAGGCUGUUACAUGGACGGCACUUUACAUAUAAAAGCAUUACAGGGGAUACAGCAAUCACGUUUGUAUCAACAGGAGUAGAAGGAGCCUUUGCUACAGAAGAGCACCCCUAUGCAGCACAUGGACCUUGGUUACAAAUCCUAUUGACCGAAGAGUUUGUAGAGAGAAUGCUGGAAGAUUUAGAAGAUCUGAAUUCUCCGGAGGAAUUUAAACUUCCAAAGGAGUACAGCUGGCCUGAAAAGAAACUGAAAGUCUCCAUCUUGCCAGAUGCUGUGUUCGACAACCCGCUGCAUUAGAGCUGAAUUACACCCUCCUAACAACUGGGAGAGCCAAGUUACUGUCCAUUACCCAGUGACUCACAGGAUAAUUAAUGCAGUAAAAACUCUGCCUGCAAAUGAAAGAGUUUGCUGCACAACCACUGCAAACAGAAGAGGAGCUACUCAGCACCAGCCCAGACCGAACUGAGCCCUUUCCUUUAUCCUUCCCAGGGCUGAGCUCUCUGGGAACAGCCUGCAUAUGUGUGAGUGCGAGUGAGAAAUAUUUAACUAUGAAAAUUAGUAGUAGGAAUCCUUUCUCUCUCCUAGCUACAGAACUCCCCUCUGCCUUAGCCCAGGGUGUAGGCAGGCGCUCUGCGCGCCUGUAUUUACACAUGCAUUCUGCCAGGUGCGAGCCUAUAAUCCAUGGAUUAAAUGUUCUUUACGUGACUCUCGAGUCCUUUUGUUAGCCAAACUUUUACUGACUGCAGAACUGUUCUUCCAUGUGCUAUUUUUUUUUGCUUUUCAGAAACGGAAUGGUAUUUCCCCUGUUUAAAGGAGGCCAAAAGCUCACAUGCUUGAAGCUGAACAGAUUUAAAGAUGAACUUUCUAGUUCAGUCAAGAAAAACAAACUCAGAUCCUCCCUGCCCUCAAAUUAGGCAUGUUUUAAGUGUUGGUCUUGGUGCUAUUAGCUAUGGUAUCGCUGCAAACAGAGGCAACUUUAUUCUCGCGCAUCCUGUCCUUGCGCCUGAACCCCAGGGAAGGUCGCAACCUCUGGUUUUGCACAAGCAGGAGGAAGAAGGCUACCGGGGCGGGGGAGAUCUCCUGUUUACAGUGUGUUUAUCUUUAAAGAGAUACUGUCAAGUAUUUUUUCCUUGCUAUUGUACAGAAUUUGAGAAGCUAGAAAGGACCAUUUGUUCACAGGGAAAACCUCAGCAGCUCUGCAGGAUCCAGGGGGCUGCUUAAAAGCAUAUGAAACGGAGAUCUCCACUGCCCCGGCACGGCACAGUAAAGUCUCAGCCUCAGUAAAGCCAACUCUCCUCCCUGUUCCAGCAGCGUAGUGCCCUAGCACAGCUCCAUUUUCCCCUUCGGUCUUGCUGUGUUGGCUCUUUGCGGCUGGUAUCCCUCUUCUCAGCAGGGUUUGGACUGUAAAGCAUAAAAAUUGGUUUGAUGCGUCCCCCUCCUCCUAGAUCCCUGUGGCCUCCUCCUUGGAGUAAAACAUGGUGUGCAGAGGACCGUGUCCCCUGCAGGCUGCGUCUCUGUGCCGAGACGCGAGCCCUUGUGGAUACGCUGAAGCAAACUGCCACAGGCAUUGCCCCCUGCUGCUGUUGCAGGCUUGUUUCUGAUGCAUAUUCCCCAAGCCUUUCCCUGCUCAUUGCCUUUUGGUGGCAACUCUUCACUCCUUGGCGGGGAGGUGCAGCUUCUCUUCCACCCCUUUCUGCCUACAAGCUAACUUGGCCGUUUUUUCUUCCCGGUUUAUGCACAACAGCCAUGUGAUCUUAACACAGGUAUAACAAAGCUUUUAACACUUAACUUCCCCGAUGAAACAGCAAAGUCCAAGGGGCCUCCCAGUACCCCAGGGUCGGUUUUCUGUUUGUUUUCUGAUUUGAUUUCUUCCUGGCACAGUCGACUUUGAUGUUUUUUGCAUAUAUUUGGGGCUGGUUAAUGUUGGUCAAGAAGCAGAGCUAGGAGCCACAAAGCUUUCCUUGGACUUGCUACAGAAUUCCUCUGUGGCCUCAGGCAGGUCACUCAAUGUCUCUCCGUACAGAGAGGGUGAUUAUUGACUAGAGGGCUGUAGGACCUACCGAAGCAUGCCAGGAUUUGCAGGGGAGGGCGUGCUUUGUGUACAAAGUAGUAUUUGUAUUAUUAUAAUUGUUAUGUUAUAAUUUAAGGCAGGCCAAAUGCAGGGUCCAACAUUGCUCGGCAGAACCUUCCUUUCUGCAAAGCUACGGAAGCAAUUUGCAUGUAAAUGAGUUUGUCAUUUUGUCUGAACUCACAGGAUCAUCUUAAAAUCCUGCUGCGAAAGAGCAAAAACUUUCAGAUAUCUGCAGUGUGCCAGCCGGAGUGAUUUCUGUGCUGUGGCAGACUGUAUUCAUCCAUCGGAUCUCUUGGCCAGUUUCCACUGUCCUGGUUAGCGCUAAGCAUGUGCUGUCUCUUCUGCACUGUAGAUGCAUACCCAAGGGCCAGUGUGGGCUAGAAAACAGCAGGAAAAUUUACCAGUCCAGCUUCAAAAACGACGUGCCCGAGUGUCCCAUCGCCAGGAUAAUGAACACAUGGCCAUUUGUGUCAGUCAGGAAAAGGGCAACGAGUAGGAUUUUUACCCAGAGCCAUCUGCAAACAGUAGCCCGUGGACUGCUCUCGCACGAGCUUGCUGGGGGUGCCUGCAACAGAGCUGGCCUGGUGCCACAACGCUGGCUGCGCUUCCUUGUUUCCAGAUGCUAGCUCUCAUUAAAAGAAGCUCAAAAUCCACAUCUUAGUGGAGAAGGGACAUUUGGAAGGUCAAUUGUUGCUGUUCCUGCAGAGAUCAGCACGGGGCAGGGAGAAGUCUAUCAGAGCUUCUCUGAGCCCUGACACACAUCUGGAAAGCUUAGGACCUCCUGCCCUGUGAACCUCAGACUCUCUGAGCCUUCGCAGCGGGGAGGCAGCGCUCUGUACAGGGGAAGCACCUCCUCCACGCUGGCUUGUGCUCCAGCUCUGCCUUUCUUAUGUGUAUGUUUUCCUCACCAUAUUUACUCUCAUCAGAUGUUCUGGGUUGGGUUUUCAUUGACUUUGGAGGGAGCACGCUGAACGCAUCUGAAAAUCCACCCAGGAUCCUUGUGUGUGUGUGUAUUUUUGUUCCAUGUCAUGUAUUUAUAUAUAGUUCUGUGUAUUUGAGUUAUGAACAGGUGGCAUGCCAGAAAUCUCUGUUUCUGAGACACUUUCUCACAGAUCUUUGCUGGUAGCCAGAAAACAAUUGGUUUGAGGGGAAGGAAAUGAAAUCUUCCUAUUUAGUUAAGUGGAAAAAUUCUAGACAAAAAACUGCUAAAAUAGAAAACACUGUCUUAUUGUUAGACCAACUAUAAGAGAGAAACCGGUGAAAGUCAACCCGUAAGCGCCAAGGUCGUGUUGCUGCCUCUCAACAGUUAUCUAAGAAUAAGAAAAGAUGCAUGUUAUUCAGUAUUGUAAAGAACUCUGGACCAAGAGAGCCUCCCUUCCCCUGAUUCACUUAAAGUUUGCAAUCAUGCCAAAGGCUUGCAAGUGAGUGAGAUCUUGAGUUUGGAUGUUUUCCUCCUGGGGCAAUGGGGCAUGCCUGUGUGUGAAGGAGGUAGAAAAGAAACCUAUAUAUUUUAGUGAGCAAAUAAGUUUUAAAAAGGGAGAUGCGUCAGUGGUUGCAAAUUCCACAGUAGUUUUCUAGCCCAAACCUGCUGAGAUGGUAACUCCAUGGGUGCUGAUUUUUUCUAGAUUGGGUAGAAGAUCUGAAGCAGGAUUACAUGAAACCAAAACCUGUUGGCUAAAGACUGUGAUCUGGAUAUAAAUGACAGUUUCAAAGAAGUGGGUACUGCUUUUCUCUCUCCCACAGAAGUCUCAUGAUGCAGAUAGACAGGGAUAUUUCCAAAGAUGAAGAGCAUUAGAGCAGACCUACCAUGCCUUGAAAAUCCAACAUGGGACUGCAGCGAUGAAACAAGAGAAAUCCCCAAAGCCAGCACUACUUUCCCUCUCAAGACCUGAUUAAAAAAGGGGAGAAAGAAAGUACAGUUUCACAUUAAAGUAUGCAGCCUAUGAUCUGAGCAGAGCAGUCAGCGUUGCAGCUGGUGUGACCUACGGUGAUAUUUUCAGUGGCUUAGAGAGGUGGUGCCUGCUGUGUAUAAUGUCUUUGAGGAUGGUGGUAUAUUGGUUUUACUGUACACAGAUUUGCCAGCAGAGAUUUGAAAUGAUGUUGUGAAGCCUUUCACUUCAAAUACUCUGUUGCUCUUGCAUGGCUUUUCAAAUGACACCAUCGGGUCAUCGGAUGGUCUUU